AUGGUGGAGUUAAGAAAGGGAGACCUUGUUUGGUUUCACUCCAGCAAUGGGGUGCCCAUUGGAGCCCGUGUAAAGAAUAUAUUUAAUGGGCAGUGCUAUCUGUGUGAUGAUCAAGGAAAUGAGCACCGUAUCUCAGAGAAUGAGGCAGCCACUCUCAGACCAAUGCACCCAACGUCAGUGGAGGGAGUUGAUGACAUGAUCCGUCUCGGAGACAUGCAUGAGGCUGGACUUCUACGGAACCUUCACAUCCGCCACAAACAAGGCGUCAUCUAUACCUACAUUGGCUCGGUCCUGGUGGCAGUCAACCCCUACCAGCUGCUGCCCAUUUACACAGCGGACCAGGUGCGCCUUUAUCAUGGCCGCCGGCUGGGUGAGCUGCCCCCGCAUGUGUUCGCCAUAGCAGACACCUGCUAUUUCAACAUGCGCAGGAAGCAGCGCAACCAGUGCUGCAUCAUAAGCGGGGAGUCGGGCGCAGGAAAGACAGAGAGUACCAAGCUGAUCCUACAAUUCUUGGCAGCUGUGAGUGGCCAGCAUUCUUGGAUAGAGCAACAAAUCCUGCAGGCCAAUCCAAUCCUGGAGGCCUUUGGUAAUGCCAAAACCAUCCGAAAUGACAACUCCAGUCGCUUUGGGAAGUAUGUGGAGAUCUUCUUCAAUAAGGAUGGUGUCAUUAAUGGGGCUCACAUAGAGCAAUACUUGCUGGAAAAGUCUCGAGUGUGUCACCAGGCACCCAAUGAACGGAAUUAUCACAUAUUCUACUGCAUGUUGUCGGGUAUGCCAGCAGAGCAGAAGAAGAUUCUCUCUCUGGGUGAUGCCAAAGAUUUCAAUUACCUGAGUGGUGAGUGUGUGGAGUCUGAAUGGCGGAGCGAUGCUGAGGAUUAUGAAAAGGUUCGUUCAGCCCUGAAGAUUCUGACCUUCACAGAGAGGGAAAGCUGGGAAAUAUUCAAACUACUUGCUGCCAUCCUACACAUGGGCAAUGUCAAUUUUGAAGCCACCAUACUGAAUAACAUGGAGGGCUGUGAUGUGAUGUCAUCUGAUCACUUUACAACUGCUGCUAAGCAGCUCGAGGUUGAUACAGUUGUUCUUGGGAACAGUUUAACUCAUCGCUCCAUCAAGACUAACAGAGAACAUGUCACCAAACCUCUCAGCUCAGAACAGGCUAAAUACUGCAGGGAUGCUUUGGUGAAGGCCGUCUAUAGUAGACUGUUUGUCUGGAUAUUUGUGAAAAUUAACAAGGCAGUCUACAGACGUGAGGCUAAUGAGUCCGCUUAUGUUGGAAACUCAAUCGGUUUAUUGGACAUUUUUGGAUUUGAGGACUUCAAGAACAACAGCUUUGAACAACUAUGCAUCAAUUAUGCCAACGAGCAGUUACAGCAGUUCUUUGUGAGGCAUGUGUUUAAGCUGGAGCAAGCGGAGUAUGCCAAGGAAGGCGUUGUCUGGAAACACAUUGCCUUCAAUGACAAUCAGGAAACUCUGGAUCUGCUGGCAGGGAAACCCCUCAACAUCCUGGCCCUGAUUGACGAAGAGAGCCAAUUUCCAAAGGGUACGGACACCACCUUGUUGAACAAAAUGAACCAGGUGCAUGGGAGAAACAGUAUGUACAUUGCAUCCAGGACCAACCAUCACAACCAGUUUGGGAUUCAGCACUUUGCUGGGGAAGUCUACUAUGACCCCAAAGGAUUUUUGGAGAAAAACCGAGACACCCUGAGCACCGAUAUCAUUAAACUGAUUGAGAGAUCCUCAAACAAGCUGCUCAGGGAGAUCUUUGAGUCUGAGCUGAACUCAAAAACAGCCAUGGCACCAAGUAACAGGAGGAUCAUCAUGACUCCGACAAAUUCUCUGAAGCAAACGAAUGACUCCAGGAGGCACCUGUCCACACUGAGUAACCAGUUCCGCCAGUCUCUGGAGUCUCUGAUGAAAGCCCUGAAUAUCUGCCAGCCUUUCUUCAUCCGAUGUUUCAAACCCAAUGACAGCAAGAUGUCCAUGGUUUUUGAUAGAGAACUGUGUUUGCAACAAAUGCGCUACUCUGGAAUGUUGGAGACCAUAAAAAUCCGCAAAUUGGGUUACCCCAUCCGUCACACCUUUGAAGAGUUUCUUGGGCGAUAUCGUGUGCUGCUGAAGACAGUUGACUGUGACCCCAACAAAGAACCGGUGCAAAAGUGCUGUGAUGCUAUCUGCAGAUCUGUGAUCAGAGAUGUCGACAACUGGAGGAUUGGCAAGACUAAGAUCUUUCUCAAGGACUGCCAUGACUCCUUCCUGGAGCAGAAGAGAGAGGAAGAACUGAACAGGAAAGCUGUUAUCAUUCAGAGAGUUCUACUGUGUCACAAAGAGAGGAAAGCCUUUGUGAAUAAGAAAAAAGCCGUUGUGGUCGUACAGAAGCACUGGCGUGGCUGCAGAGAGAGGAAAGCGUUCAAAAAGCUGAAGCAGGGCUAUGCUCGACUGCAGGCUAUAGCCCGCAGUCGCGGUGACCUCCGGCAGUAUUUGCAUCAGCGUGCAGCUGCUGUCACUUUGCAAAAACAUGCCCGUAGCUAUCUGGCCAGAAAAGAGUUGAAGCGCAGGAGAGAUGCCUAUGCCAGCCAAACCUUUGAGGAAGAGAAUGCCAGCCUUGCUGCUGAGGAGUGUGAGUCUCCGACAGUGACUACUUUGGAGAUGAAACAACCACAAGACGAGGUUGAUCGGCAAUCACCGGAUGUUAACGAUGAGGAAAAAGUGAACAGCAUGUUUGACUUCCUGCCCAGUGAGGUUGAAUCAGAGGAGCGCCUUAGCCCCAAGUUGAAACCAGCCACACCGGAAGCUGACCCGAAGGUGAUGCUCACCAAAUUGAAAAAUGCCCCAGCAGAAGACAAAUUCAUUAAGCCAGAGGAAGAAGAUGAUGAGUUCUCUUUCUCCAGAUUUGCAAUGCUGCACUUUCAGGGCUCUGCAACUCACACACACAUCCAGCAGAGACUGAGGCAGUCUCUGCUCAGUCACGAGGAUGAGGGUGAUACACUGGCCUGUCUCACUGUGUGGUGGAUCAUACUGAGGUUUAUGGGGGAUAUGCCAGAGCCCAGGCAUGCACGGGUCUCUGCUGUGAUGGACCCAAUCCAGAAGAACUUAGGUCAGAGACAAGCACGACGCCUAAGCAACCUGGUUGGCCUAGACCAGAAACUGUUGAGACUAAAACAGAAGCAGCAUAGAUUUGGAACUGCGAUUGGAAUAAGGAAACCUUCAUUCAUCCCUGAGGAGAUGCUAUCCAUUCCCACAAUACAGACAGUGAAGGAAGAAGAUGAUAUACUUAUUGGAGAAGGCCCUACUUUUGAUCGUCCAAUGACACCACUGGAAAAAUUGCAUGCUAUUAUUGAAUAUGGCAUUUCAAGACGGGGCAUAAGAGAUGAGAUCUAUUGCCAGAUUUGUAAGCAGCUGGUGGACAACAAGAAUGAGGAAAGCUUUGACAGAGGCUGGCUCCUCUUGUCCAUGUGUCUUAGUAUUUUCCCUCCAACAGAGCUUUUCCUCAAACCUCUUCAGAGCUUCAUGUGCCGUGGGCCCAAAGAUGAAGCAUCUCGGUGUGAAACUCGUUUACAGCGGACCUUGGCCAAUGGAGAGAGGAGUGAACCUCCAUGCGCAAUUGAACUACAGGCAGCUGAGAACAAGGAGCCCAUAUUGACCUCAGUGAGUCUGAUGGAUGGACAAAGCAUCGAAUGUGCUUUAGACUCAGCCACUACUUCAGCUGAAGUGUGCAACCACAUUGCCCUGCAGAAAGGCCUCCAGGACACUUUUGGAUUUUCCCUUUACAUAGAAUUCUACGACAAGUUUUGGUCAUUAGGCUGCAGUGGGGGACACCUGAUGGAUGCCAUCUUUCUGUGUGAGCAAGAGGAGAGAAAGAAUGGCAGGGAGGAGAAGGAUGCCCCAUGGCGUCUCUACUUCCGCAAAGAACUCUUCACGCCUUGGUACAACUGCACCGAUGACCCUCUGAGUACAGACCUCAUCUACCGACAGGUCAUCCACGGUUUAAAGUCUGGAGACUACCAGUCUGAUAAGGAGGAUGAUUACAUACAGCUUGCAGCUAAACACUACUACACUCAGUAUGGAUCAUCAGUCAGUCCAGCGAAUUUGAAGAAGGUGGUUCAGGAAUGCAUCAAUAUCAGUCUGAUUGAAAAAAAAUCUGAAACUAAACUGAUCCAGUUAGUGAACACAGCCCUCACACAGGGUGCCUACAUGAAUUCCAGUGCUACCCCUCACUCUGUGAAGGCAGAAGUGGUCAAUUAUGCCCGUCUGAAGUGGCCGAUCUAUUUUUCCAAAUUUUUUGAUGUAUCUUUGGUCUCAGGUCCAAAUUUACCUCAGGAAGAGUUUGUAGUGGCAGUAAGCUGGAAGGGAAUAUCAUUUCAGGAGGGGAAAGAACGGAAGUUUCUAGAACUCUCCUAUGCAGAGCUGACAGAAAUCAGCCUAAUGAGUGAGGAUGGAGGAAAUGAAGCAGAAGUGGCAUAUCUGUCUACUCUGCGAGGAGACUUCACACUGAGAUCUAAAAAUGCAGAAGAGAUGGUGGAGCUGGUAGACAUAUUUCUGACUGAGUUAAAGAAUCGUUCAGUCUAUGCUGUGGCCCAGCAUGAUGCCAUCAGACAAGGUGACUCUACAAUCCUGAGCUUUAAGAAAGCAGAUUUGCUCCGGAUUGUGAAAGAUGGAGAGUAUUCUCUUGAAGAAGGCUGGCUUAAAGCCAGGAAUGAGAGAACUGGAGCAGUGGGGGUUGUUUCCAAAGAUUCCGUCAUGGUUCUGGCUACGUUAGAUAAGCCCACCAAUGAAGUACUGAGUCUUCUGAGCUUGAAGCCAGAACAGAGAAAGCCUUGGCAGAAUUCUGCACCAAAGGAGGAAGUGAGCACAGACAGGAUGGCUCUUUUCUCCCUCAGAGAGUUUUCCUUGGAUUACUUUAGAACUGCAAACAAAGAGAAGUUAUGGGCCGUCUCCAAAGAACCACUCAAGCAACCACUACUGAAGAGUCUACAGGGCAAUUCUGAACUCAGCCAACAGGCCUGCAUCUCCCACACUGCAAUCCUUAAGUACAUGGGAGAUUAUCCUGUUAAACAUGCACGGAGUCCCAUUGAGCUGACAGACCAGAUCUUUGGAUCUGCAACUCUACACACAGAUCUAAGAGAUGAAAUCUAUUGCCAGAUCAUGAAACAGCUGACCAACAACAACAACGGGGUGAGCGUGGAGCGUGGUUGGCAACUCCUGUGGCUGUGCUGUGGUCUGUUUCCUCCCAGUCAGUCAUUGCUUAGACAUGUCCAGCGCUUCCUGGAGUCCAGACCCAGAGAACCUCUAGCGUCAGCCUGCCUGCAGCGGUUACAGGGAAUGCUCAGUAUGGAGGCCAGGAAACUGCCCCCCCACCAAGUUGAACUGGACGCUAUACAGCAGAAUAGCACCCAGAUCUUCCAUAAAGUUCACUUCCCCAAUGAAACAUCUGAGAUCUUCGAGGUUACCACGACGACACGAAUCCGUGACCUCUGUCGCAGCAUUGCAAACAAACUCAAUAUCUCCUCUUCAGAUGGAUACAGCCUCUUUGUGAAAACCUCCAGCAAGGUGGUGAGCAUGAGUGACGAGCCCUAUUUUUUUGACAACUUGAGGCAACUAACAGACACCACCAAGAAAGCGAGGAGGGUCAAAGAGGGUCUGGUAACAAGCACACCCUACCUAGUCCUGUUCAUGCGGAAGCUCUGGUUCAACGUGAUUCCCGGGAAAGACCAGGCUGCAGACUUCAUCUUUCACUUCCCACAGGAGCUGCCAAAGUACCUGCGAGGAUACCACAAAGUCACAAAGGAGGACCUGUUUACUCUAGCAGGACUGCUCUUCAGAAUACGGGUGGACUCUGACAAGUCCCAGUUUGUCAUGAUCCCCAAAAUGCUAAAGGACCUUGUGCCCGCAGACCAAAUGAAAAUCAUGUCCCCUGAGGACUGGAAAAAGCACAUCAUUUCCUCUUACAACAAGCAGGCUGGUAUGACAGUGGAGGAAGCUAAAGUCAAGUUCCUGAAACACAUCUCUAACUGGCCCACGUUUGGCUGUGCAUUCUUUGAAGUGAAACAAACCUCUGAGCGCAAGCUGCCCAGUGUGUUAACCAUGGCAAUCAGCAAGCAAGGAGUCAGUCUCCUCAACCCCGGAACAAAGGAUCAGCUGGCCAUGUACCCAUUCAGCAAAAUCACAAACUGGUCGAGUGGGGCCACCUACUUUCACAUGACCAUAGGGAACCUUGUGAAGGGGAACAGUCUACUCUGUGAGACCUCAGUGGGUUAUAAAAUUGAUGAUCUCCUGAAUUCAUAUGUAAACAUGUACCUGAAUGAGAGGCAGACUGCGCGGCCUAGAAAACAACUUUUCUCCUGA